AUGUUCGCACAAGACCGCCUCCUCCCAGGCGAGGAAAUCAACAACUGGUCAUCUAGCGAGUUAUUACGACGACUCGUUAGCAACAACGAUGCGUACAAAUGCACCUUUACAGACGAUGGCAAUCUCGUUCUCACCAACGAACGGUCUGGUUCGACAAUCUGGCAAUCGAAUACUGCUGGCAAAGUGGGCAAGCCAACGCACAUCAUCAUGCAGAAGGAUGCAAACCUCGUUAUGUAUGAUGUGGAUGGGAAGCCUUACUGGGCGACCAACACAGGCGGUAAGGUCCGGGGAGGUGAUAUUGUGCUCGUCAUGCAGGACGAUGGAAACCUGGUCAUAUAUGGAAAUGGGAAGCCUAUCUGGAAGACGGACACUUCGGGAAAGUAG